UUUACCGCACUAGUCUCAUGUACCGGGACCGACGAUCCGACGUCCGACAAUCCAUGAUAAAUUUUUAGUGAAGCGACCGAAUUAAUGACCGGUCGAAGGGCAACAUGAAUCCCGUGAAGCUGCGAUUCUACACCGAGAGAUAUGAGAAGGAGCGAAAAUUCUUCAAAUUGCAAGAAAAAUUCGUGGCGAUCGGUCGGACGAAACCUCUGACCCCCAAGUUCUACGCGAAGCACGAUCAAAUUCCGGCGUCCGAGGUUCGACAGGAGUAUGUCGAUUUAAUUACGAAAAGGCUGAUCUUCGGACCGAAGGAUAUCUACACAUUCAAGCCUCCGACGGUGAACAUGCAAUACGGAUGGUUCUCGGAACCGUUGAUACCUCAAACGAAGGAUCCGAGAUUGCGAUUCCCCAUCAAGGAAUCUGACUUCAUCGCCAAUGAACUUCGAAUACGCCAGGUUCAGAAAGGCAUGCCGAUCGAAAAGUUUAUGGGAAUACCGUUCAAAGUUUAAUGAACGCUCUCGUAUACG